AUGGUUAGUUUUGCUGAACUUCUAGUCGGUAGUUGUGUGCUUUCGGCUAUACAUGCUACAUCUAUACUCAGUCCAAGUGUAGUUGAGACUGGAGCAUAUUCUCAGUACACCAUUCCUGCCUCUGCGGACUUUGGUGCGAAUCUGAUUGCGAAUAUUGAUGAUCCACAUGCCGUCAAUGCACAGCUGGCUUGUCCUGGGUAUAAAGCGGGGAAUUUGAAGUAUACAUCGAAGGGAGUGACGGCUACGCUAAAGUUGGCGGGUGAGCCGUGCAAUGCGUAUGGGACAGAUGUCGAUCAGCUAGAUUUCUCAGUCGAAUACCUUGCUUUCGACAGACUACAUAUUCACAUUACUCCGAGCCACGUCGAUUCUUCAAACGCUUCUUGGUUCGAGCUUUCGGAGAAUCUCGUCCCUAGACCAAAGGCCGACGAGCCUUCGAAUCUUCCAAACGAUCUCGAGAUUCAAGUGACGAAUGAGCCCACUUUCGGCUUCAAGAUUAUUCGGAGAUCCGUUCAGGAUGUUAUUUUCGAGACUACGGGUACUGUUUUGGUCUUUGAGAAUCAGUUUAUCGAAUUCGUCACUGCUUUGCCGAGUGGUUAUAACCUGUACGGUCUUGGCGAACACAUUCAGCAGUUCCGUCUACUGGAUAACCUGACUUUGACUAUCUAUGCUUCGGACAUUAGCGUUCCCAUAGACAGCAAUGUCUAUGGAUCUCAUCCGUUCUAUCUGGAUACUCGCUACUACGAAGUUGGCAAGAACGGCUCCCAUACUCACGUUGCGAGUGACGGGAUUGAUCAGUCUAAAGACUACGUCGGCUACUCCCACGGCGUAUUCUUGAGAAAUGCCCAUGGCCAGGAAAUAAUCACUAAUCCCCGGAAUCUCACGUGGCGUACUCUCGGUGGUAGUUUUGAUUUGACCUUCUACUCCGGCCCAUCACAAGCUGAAGUUACCAAAAACUAUCAAGUCAGCACUAUCGGCCUACCUGCCAUGCAGCAGUAUUUCACAUUUGGAUACCAUCAGUGCCGAUGGGGCUAUGAGAAUUGGUCCGUAUUGGAAGAUGUCGUGAACAAUUUUGAAAGAUUUGAAAUUCCCUUGGAGAGUAUUUGGAACGAUAUUGAUUACAUGCAUGGUUAUCGCAAUUUCGACAAUGAUCAGAAUCGCUUUCCUUACAGUGGUGCCAAGGACUUCUUGAAUAAGCUACACAAUAGUGGCCGUCACUACAUUCCUAUCGUGGACUCAGCUCUUUAUAUACCGAACCCUCAUAAUGAAUCCGAUGUCUAUGCAACAUAUAGCCGUGGUGCCUAUGAUGAUAUUUUCCUAAAAAACCCAGAUGGGACUGUCUACAUUGGCGCUGUAUGGCCAGGCUAUACCGUGUUUACAGACUGGCACAACCCCAAAGCGAGUGACUUCUGGGCCAAUGAGCUCGUCACCUGGCACCAGAAUGUAGCCUUUGACGGCAUCUGGAUCGACAUGAGUGAAGUUUCAUCCUUUUGCGUUGGCAGCUGUGGAAGCAAAAACCUAAGCUUGAACCCAGUCCACCCUGGCUUCUUGCUUCCUGGAGAACCCAAUAAUAUUAUCUAUGACUAUCCGGAGUGGUUCGAAGUGAGCAACGUGACCGAGGCAGCUUCUGCAUCGGCGGGUUCAUCCAGCCAAGCUGCUACUACCAGUACCGAAGAAGUUGCAUCAGCAAGCACGUCUUACUUACAUACUACUCCCACCCCGGGGCUGCGCGAUAUCAACUAUCCUCCGUAUGUGAUAAAUCACGACCAAGAUGGCCACGACCUCAGCGUCCACGCCGUUUCUCCCAAUGCCACGCACUCAGACGGAAUUCAAGAAUACGACGUGCACAACCUCUACGGCCACCAAGUCCUCAACGCAACAUAUCGCGGUCUGCGCCAGAUCUUCCCUGAGAAACGCCCGUUCAUAAUUGGCCGCUCGACAUUCGCAGGGUCUGGCAAAUGGGCUGGUCACUGGGGCGGCGACAACGCUUCAAAAUGGGCAUACAUGUUCUUCUCCAUCCCACAAGCGCUGUCAUUCUCGCUAUUCGGCAUUCCAAUGUUCGGCGUCGACACCUGCGGCUUCAAUGGAAAUACAGACGAAGAGCUCUGUAACCGCUGGAUGCAGCUAUCAGCCUUCUUCCCCUUCUACCGAAAUCACAAUACUCUCUCGACCAUCAGCCAAGAGCCGUACCAAUGGGCUUCUGUCAUAGACGCGUCAAAAACAGCAAUGGGCAUCCGCUACGCGCUUCUGCCUUAUUUCUACACCCUCUUCUAUUUAGCACACACAACCGGGUCAACAGUCAUGCGUGCUCUGGCCUGGGAAUUCCCCAAUGACCCUUCCCUCGCAGCUAUAGACACCCAAUUUAUCCUCGGCUCGUCGAUAAUGGUAAUCCCCGUCCUAACGCCGCAAACCGACACAGUCAGGGGUAUUUUCCCCGGCUUGAACGACGGUGCUGUCUGGUACGACUGGUACAAUCAGACUAUAGUUCCCGCAAAACCAGGUGUCAAUACUACCAUCUCUGCACCGCUGGGUCAUAUCCCCGUCUUCGUGCGCGGGGGUAGUAUCCUCCCCAUGCAACAACCAGCUCUUACAACCCGCGCUGCCAGAAAUUCUCCCUGGUCUCUGCUCGUCGCACUGGACGGAAGCGGUUCUGCGGACGGUGAGUUGUACCUUGAUGAUGGGGAGAGUCUUUCCCCUAAUGCUACAUUGAAAGUCUUGUUUACGGCUACUGGCUCUACUAUUAGUGCUUUGGCUAGCGGGGACUGGGUGGAGACUAACUCUUUAGGUAAUGUCACUGUUCUAGGUGUGGAUUUGGAUGCGGUGCCAGAUUCCGUGACUUUUAAUGGGAAGAGUGUUCCGGUUUCUGGAGUGAGUUAUAAUUCUACUGCGAGGGUUCUGAGUGUUGGUGGCUUGAAGGAUUUGACUCCUUAUGGGGCUUGGGAGAAGAAUUGGAUUUUGAAGUGGUAG